AUGUCAGAAAAUGCGUUGGUUGAAAAUAUAAAAGGUAUACCGCCAGUUACAAGAUUCUAUACUAUAUCUUCAGUAUUAGUGUGUUUGGCUAUAUCUACAUUUGAUGCUUUACCUUCUUUAUAUAUUAGUUAUAAUGAAAUUGAAUUUGGUUUAAGUUUAAUAUAUCAAUCAAUUAGAAAAGGUGGCUAUUUAUUUGCAUUGAAGACAGUUGGUCAUUUACUAUUGAAUUCAUACAAAUUUCUAACAUCAGUUUUAAUACCAAGUGGUAUUGUUGGUCCAAAUAAAUUUAAUGCUUUAUUAGAUAUUUACUUUUUUUAUACAUUUUCAAAUCAUUUAGAAGCAGACGGUAAAUUUAAAGGUAAUUUUCCUGAUUUCCUUUGGUUUAAUAUAUUAUGUUCAACUUGUAUUUAUAUAUUUUCAUUUAUUUAUAACAUAUUUCAACCACAAUUGUUUUUCCCGCAUGAAAUAUUAUUAGCUUGUAUUACUUAUGUUUGGUCAAGAGCUAAUAAAAACGCUAAAAUUAAUUUAAUUGGUUUAGUUCCAAUAAAAGCUUAUUAUUUACCAUUGGGUAAUUUAUUAGUUAAAAUGAUUUUAGGUGGUCCAACAGCCUUAAUCGAUACCUUAAUGGGUAUAAUUACUGGUUAUUUAUACCUAUGUGUUCAAUCUCAAACAAUACCAUUUUAUAAUUUAUUACAAGAAGUCAAACAUCAAAGAGUCGGUCAAAAUAAUGAAAUUAUUGGUGAUUCCAUAUACGAUAAAGGUUAUUUAAAAGCUCCAAAAUGGUUAUAUGAAAUAUUGAAAACACCUUAUACACCUCCACCAACUCAAAGUAAAAUAGAGAUCAAACAACAACCAUCAAAUGUUAAUUAUUGGUUUGGUGAAUCAGCUUUUAAAGGAAAAGGUUAUAGAUUAGGUGACUAA